GAUGAUACCAUACUGUGGAUGUUUGGACCUAAAGACUCCAUCAUAUCUCAUAUAACGAGAAAGCAUGACUUGACUUCAGUUUUUUUCAGCGAUGACGAGAGAUUCAGAGGAAGAUUGCAGGUGGAUCAAAAGACUGGAUCUCUCACCAUCAGAAACACCAGAAUCAGGCACUUGGGAAAAUAUAAACUCACCAUUUCUAGACAAAAGACUACCAUCAAGAUCUUUGAAGUCGCUGUUGUUGGUGUGGUUGGUGAGACGGAUGGAGUGAAGUCAUUGUCAGUGACGGAGGGAGAGUCUGUUAUUCUACACAUCGAUGUUUCUGAAAUACAGAGAGAUGAUCUAAUAGUGUGGAGGUUUGGAGAUAAAGGUGUCCUCCUGGCUACAGUCGAUGUGGAAGCUAACGGCACGUCAUUAAACGACGCUGAUGAGAGAUUUAAAGACAGACUGGCGCUGGAUCAUACCGGAUCUCUGUCCAUCAAGAAGACCAGAACUACAGACUCUGGACUUUAUGAAGUACAGAUCAGAGGCCAUGAGAGCUCGCAGUCAGUGGUGAGCCUUUAUAAAGCAACCGUUCCACAUUCAGGCCCAUCUCCGGGUCUUACAGCAGUGAUUGUUGUUGCUGUGCUGCUUUUGGCUGCAGUUGUAUCUUCUGUUGUGCUUCACUAUCGCAAGAUCUCUGAACUAAAAAAAGAAAGGGAGAAGAAAGUGUCGGUGUCAGAUGGAGACGAAGCCCUUCUGGAGUAUCGAAACUGA